AUGGCCGCCAUCGCAGGCCGCGCGUACGAGGACUUCGUGCCGCCGCACAACAUGGUCACCGAGCCGGCGACCCACACCCUCUCCGUCGAUCUCACCGCCGCAGGGUACAAGAAGGAGCACAUCAGGGUGCAGCUGGUCCGCAGCCACGGGCUAGUGGUCGUGCGCGGCGAGCGCGCCGUCGCGGGCAACCGCUGGAGCCGCUUCCGCCUCGAGUUCCGCGUGCCCGACGGCUGCGACCUCAAGGGCAUCCACGCGAGGUUCGAGGGCGGCGUCGUGCGGGUCACCAUGCCCGGGCUAAGGACCGCGGUCGGCGACGUCUCUGGUAAGCAGGUGCCCCCGGCGGCCAAGGCUGAUGCUUCCGGCGUUGGAGCAGGAGACAAGGAAGACGAGAACGUGCAGAAACAGCCGGCGGAGGAGCGCGGGGCCGACGCGGUCAAAGAUAGUGCCCGCCUCGAUCAAGGACAAGAUAGUGGCCGCCUUGAUCAAGGACAAGGUACCCCUGCCGACGGCGUCCGGGGAGUGGAGUCGCCGGCGACGUCGUCAGGCCGCGGAUACAGCUACCUCCCUGAACGGAGAAAGCUUGUGACCACCGUGGUUGGCGCGGUGCUCGUCCUGUUUAGCCUUGGCAUCUACGUCAGGUACAGCUUCGGCCCAUGA